UUAGCAGUUUAUAUUUAUGAACAUAAUUGCAUUUCCAUGUUGUGUGUACUGUGGGAGAUCAGAUAUAGUGAAUGCAGGGUCCGUGGAGACCGGAUAUAGUGAAUGCAGGGUCCGGGGAGACCGGAUAUAGUGAAUGCAGGGUCCGGGGAGACCGGAUAUAGUGAAUGCAGGGGUCCGGGGAGACCGGAUAUAGUGAAUGUAGGGUCCGGGGAGACCAGAUAUAGUGAAUGCAGGGUCUGGGGAGACCGGAUAUAGUGAAAGCAGGGUCCGGGGAGACCGGAUAUAGUGAAUGCAGGGUCCGGGGACCGGAUAUAGUGAAUGCAGGGUCCGG